AUGGGGUCAAGUGGCGGUCCACCUGCGGCCGGGAGCGAGGAGGAGAAGAUAUACGAGUUGAUCACGGAGCUGUUGGACCCAGCGACAAGGGAGACGGCGUUGCUGGAGCUGAGCAAGAAGAGGGAGAUGUACGAGGAUUUGGCGUUGGUAUUGUGGGGAGGAUUCGGUGUCCUCUCCAGCCUGUUGCUCGAGAUCGUCAAUGUCUACCCCGCCCUUUCCCCACCCACCCUCACCGCCCACGCUUCAAAUCGAGUCUGCAACGCCCUUGCCCUGCUCCAAUGCGUAGCAAGUCACUCGGAGACAAGAAGUCUCUUCCUCAAUGCCCACGUACCCCUCUUCCUGUACCCAUUCCUCAACACGACAAGCAAAACACGUCCAUUCGAGUAUCUCCGCCUCACUUCUUUAGGUGUCAUCGGUGCUUUGGUCAAGCAAAACGACAACUCGGACGUGAUCAACUUCCUCCUCUCGACCGAAAUCAUCCCCCUCUGCCUGCGCAUCAUGGAGACCGGCUCCGAACUCUCCAAGACCGUCGCCAUCUUUAUCGUCCAAAAGAUCCUCCUCGACGACCUCGGCUUACAAUACAUCUGUCAAACGUACGAGCGGUUCUAUGCCGUCGGCGCGGUACUGGGGAACAUGGUGGCGGCGUUGGUCGAGAGUCAGGCGGUACGGCUGUUGAAGCACGUGGUGAGGUGUUAUUUGAGGAUGAGCGAUAAUCCAAGAGCGAGAGAAGCACUUCGAGCAUGUCUACCGGAACAUCUCCGCGAUAACACGUUUGCACCCCUGCUCAAGGGUGACAACGUCACGAAACGAUGCCUCUCCACGCUGCUUACGAACCUCCAGGACCGGGUCGACUAG